AUGAUACGGCAUAGUUGCAGAGCACUAAGGUUUGUUAGAAGUUUCCAUGAUUAUAACUCGGAUAUCUUGAAAUUUGUGGCUUCCAACACCUUGAUAAGCGAUUCCGCUGUUUAUAAGGGCAAAUUAUAUGAAUUGACGGUUCAGCGAGAACUGUAUAACAAGCUGCGAAUAGGUCAAUUGGAUGUAGUUGGUGGAGCUCAUGAUGGUGGUGUUGACAUCAAGGCCCUAUGGAAUUUAUUUCCCAUAUUUCAAUGUGCUCUGGAUGCCGGUGUGAUAAAGGAGCCAUCGCUACCUUUAAAGGGGACAAGAAUAAAUGACACACUGGUAAAGCCGUUGGUGAAUCAGUAUGAUAUAAAAAACAAGAUAGCACCAUCAAUUGAAGUUUUGGUGCAGUGCAAAGCUUAUGUUAGCAAGAUUUCUCCAAAGGAGAUAAGGGAACUGGCAGGUACAUAUUUAAGCUUAACCGCUAAAAAUAAGGCAUCCCUGAGCACCAUCCCAAUAAUGUGCUCCCCACAACUACCCACUUCAAGUAGUCUGAAGUUGUUGGAGAAACUCAAUAUACCAUUCCUGUAUUUACGAAUCAACACCCUACGACAUGGAUCGUUAAAUGACUUUGAAUUGACAAACACUGGCCAACUGAUGGGGUAUCUAAUGAAUCCCAUACUGAAGGGCUAUUUAGAAGGUAGUGGGUUUGAAGAAUGGAUGAAGUUUGAGCUGUAUAAUAAUGCCAUGAAUCAUAGUCAAGAUAAGGAUUUCAUUUGA